UGCAUCCGUCCUUACGAGUCAUAUGAUCCAGCCUCAGUUCCUGCUGCGACUGAGAACAACAGAGAGCCAAACGGAGAGGUGGAUGCACUUUUUUCCCCCCCUCCUCCGUGUUUUAUUACCAAUGCAACGGUGAAAGUUUUGGACUCGCGACACUCCUGCAUCAUUCACCAUGAAGCUCAUCAUCCUCAACGACUACGACCAGGCGAGCGAGUGGGCUGCAAAGUACAUCAGGAACAAGAUUUUGCUCUUCAAGCCUGGUGCGGACAGAUAUUUCACUCUGGGGCUGCCCACAGGAAGCACCCCGCUGGGCUGCUACAAGAAGCUGAUUGAGUAUUACAAGAAGGGAGAGAUCUCGUUCCAGUAUGUCAAAACGUUCAACAUGGACGAGUACGUAGGGCUUCCCAGAGAUCACCCCGAGAGCUACCACUCCUUCAUGUGGAAUAACUUCUUCAAGCACAUCGACAUCAAGGCAGAGAACACCCACAUCCUCGACGGUAACGCUGCCAACCUUCAGGACGAGUGCCAGGCCUUCGAGGAUAAGAUAAAAGCUGCUGGCGGAAUUGAGCUCUUCGUUGGAGGGAUUGGACCGGAUGGCCACAUUGCAUUCAAUGAGCCCGGUUCCAGCCUGGUUUCCAGGACCAGGGUGAAGACCUUGGCGAGAGACACCAUCCUGGCAAAUGCCAGAUUCUUUGAUGGGGAUCUGUCAAAGGUGCCAACCAUGGCACUGACUGUAGGAGUGGGUACUGUCAUGGAUGCAAAGGAGGUUAUGAUUCUCAUCACUGGUGCACACAAGGCAUUUGCAUUAUACAAAGCCAUAGAGGAGGGUGUGAAUCACAUGUGGACGGUGUCUGCCUUCCAGCAGCACCCACAAACUGUGUUUGUCUGUGACGAGGAUGCCACCCUGGAACUGCGGGUCAAAACUGUGAAAUACUUUAAAGGAAUGAUGCAUGUGCAUAACAAGCUGGUGGACCCACUUCCUUCUGAACCUAAGAAGUAAUGAGGAGUUCUGUCCAAAUCAUGUGGAUAUAUAAAGAAAAUAAACUCUUCAAAUGAUUCCUGUCUUCUGGUGGAGAAGCCUGGUUUCAUCAGGGGGGGGACAAGGAGUUCUUGGAAGUAAUUCUAUGCUGUAAACACAACUAAUCCCUCUAGAAAUCGUUGGGUCCAGUCUAAUUUGUGCAUUGCAGACUUGAAAGUUUUUUGUCAGUCGUUCAAAGGCCUUGCUUUUUAUAUGUCCUUUUAAUAAAAAUGCGUUUAAUUUUUAUAUC